AUGGGCAAUAGUUUACGGUGUUGUUUGGCUUGUGUUCUUCCUUGUGGAGUUCUAGACCUCAUCCGUAUAGUCCAUUUAAACGGCCACGUCGAAGAAAUCACGCGGCCGGUAACCGCCGCCGAGAUCCUCGACGCCAACCCUAAUCAUAUCUUAAAGGAACCGAACUCUCAAGGUGUUGCACGCAAAAUUUUGAUCAUAUCUCCUGAAUCGCACCUCAAAAGAGGCGGCAUUUACUUUUUGAUCCCCAAAUCUUCGUUACCGACUGACGAGAAGAAAAAGAGGCACUUACGCCAUAAAAAGUCUUUCACCGAGAGCAAAAAAUGCGACCAAAAUGAUGCUUCCGAUUCCGAUAAUCGUUCCCUACUAAACGCCGGUGUUUCAGAAACGAAGCGUUACGGCCGCAGUCACAGAGAUCGUCGAAACAGUCGUGAACGAGUAUGGCGGCCUCAUCUCGCUAGAAUCUCCGAGGACUAA